ACAAUGUUUGCCACUAAAUGUGUGAACUAAUAUGCAAAAAACUACAUCUGAGCUACAAUCCGUGUUCACUUAAACAUAAUAAGUGGCAAUGGCUGCGGUUCAAGUAGUGAUGUCGUGUUCACUUCUCUACUAUGUCGUUAAUGCACCAGGGGUGAUAUACAUUGUCUCAGUUGUGAUGGGAUCGUGUUACGGUGCCCAUUGGGCCAUUAUGCCAUCUGCUGUGUCAGAACUAUUCGGGCUAAAGAGUUUUGGUGCGUUGUAUAACUUUCUUACACUUGCUAGCCCGGCUGGUUCACUAAUCUUCUCCGGUGUCAUUGCUAACGCCAUUUAUGACUAUGAAGCCAAGAUGCAAAGUGCUACAAACCUUAACACGCUCACAGAUGGCGAAGUACUGACGUGCUAUGGAACCAUAUGCUACUCCAUCACUUGCGGAAUCUUGUCAGUUCUUUGUCUCAUAGCAUUUGUCUUGAGUAUGAUUGUGGUGUAUAGGACUAAGAGAGUCUAUGCAAAACUUUACGGGAAUUCUUGAAGUUAGAUCGCGCCCUCGGACUAUACCGUGGUUGUAUCAUGUGUGUUAGGCUCAUAGAUUUAAGGUUUGGUAAAGAUGGAGCCAUUUAGAGUAUUGAUUAUUCGGUACACUGCUAA